GGUUCUUGGUUCUUGGUUCUUUAUGAAGAUACCUGGCGUACGGUCUAUAUGUACCGUGUACCUUACGUGUCAAUCGACCCCUGUGUGUUCAUGUUGUUCGUUCCGUUUAAUGGGAAGGGAAGUACCUUAUACGAAUUCAUCGGGAGGCUGUUGACGAGGUAUAACGCCACAGAUGCCUGGAUACACCGUCGAUUAAAUAUCAGACACAGAGAUAUAUAUCCUUUGACCGUACGUGCAUCUUCCCUGGGGCAUAUCCAGUUCAUUGCGCCCCCCCCCCCCCCCCCCCCCCCCCCCCCCCCCCCCCCCCCGAAGCCGGAGCGCCAUCUUGCCCUUUCCCUUUCCUUUUCCUCCGAAUGCAUUCCAAAAGAGAAAAAAAGAAAGAAAAAAUCCCCCUUUCAACAGACACACAUUCCCAACAUCGACAGUCAAUGUCGAUCAUCCCUAUCCACAUAAUCCCGACCUCCGGAUUUAGGAUUCGGGAAAUUGAAAAGACAGUGCCACACCAGGCUAUACUACACCAUGCCAUGCAUCGCGCCAACUAGCUUGAGGGUAUCAUCGCAGUAAGAACAAAUUCCAAGUGGAACGGGGAAACGGAACGGGCAGAGUCAACAGGUGUGGCCAACGCCUCGGUCGG